CACAAACAUAAUUUUUUGUGUCUCGAGGUCGAGGAGGAAGAACCCCGGAGUGACUCAGGAAUUUGUGCUGACGCUACUUUGAGAGGAACAACGUGGAAAAAAAAUCAAUUUUAAUGAGUGUCUGCUUCGCAUGGCCGCAGCUGAUGUGAAAGAUUGUUUUGUCAGAGUUCCGACGUCAGAGCCAGGAGUGAAUAAGAGGCCCCGUGUUUUGAAACACCACCUCAGGGCGAUACCUGAUGAGAUCAAUGACAGAGUGGGCUUCCUGCAAAGCUUCAAAGACAUUGCCAGUGCCAUAAACGCGUUGCAAGACAUUGUUAACGCCAUCUUCCCGAGGCACCGGUAUCAAAACAGACAGGCGCUGGAGCGGCACAAGAAAGACUUCAAGAGUUUCAGCGACUCUGUCAAAGCCUUCUUCAAAGAUGCAAAUCCGAACGUUCCUUUUUGUCCCGGCGUGAACGUCGUUUUAGAGCUGCGCUUGCCAACGCACACUCAAAAGCUGUCGCCGCCACGUAAAAUAGUGCGCGACGUGUUUGUCGCCCACCGAACCCACACGAUACUGAAGGUCUUCAAAACAGCAACAUAG